GGCGGCUGGAGCGAGAGCGCGACGCGACGCGACCGCGGCUUCCCGAGCUCCGCCUGGCCGCCCAGCGCCGCAGCCCGCCCGAGGCCUGGAGGGGUCCGGGCCGGCGUCCAUGGUCGCCGCGUCCUGAGGCGGGGGACGCGCCCGGUGCCCCCAGCCCUCCUCCGCCUCCUCCUGUCCGGCGGGCGGCCUCCUCCGCCGCCUCCCUGCGCCCGCCCGCCGCCUCCCUCCCUCCUUCCCUGCGGCUCCCCCGGCUUUCGGGAGCCCGGGGGCGGCCUGUGGCGCGCCGAGCCCGCGCCGGACUGCGCUUCUUUGGACCUUGAGGGGAAACAUGCGUUUGGCUUGGAUCGUUUUAAAUUCUUAGUUUGGGAUCCCCGCCCGCCUGCCUCUUCCGCCCCGCGGAUUUUCUUUCCUUUUUUCUUUUUCUUUUUUUUUCCUUUUUUUCCUCCCGGUCUCCUUUUUGACUCCCUCCCCCUUUAUGCUCGCCCAACCCUCCCCCCGCUGCUGAGAAGUGGGGGAGGGUCUCGGCCUCCAGGUUCCCGCCCCACCGGGGCCCGGGCGAGCAUGGGGGGAAAGCAGAGCACGGCGGCCCGUUCUCGGGGCCCCUUUCCGGGGGUCUCCACCGAUGACAGCGCCGUGCCCCCGCCGGGAGGGGCGCCCCACUUUGGGCACUACCGGGCGGGCGGCGGGGCCAUGGGGCUGCGCAGCCGCUCAGUCAGCUCGGUGGCGGGCAUGGGCAUGGACCCCAGCACGGCCGGGGGGGUGCCCUUUGGCCUCUACACCCCCGCCUCCCGGGGGACCGGCGACUCGGAGAGGGCGCCCGGCGGCGGAGGGUCUGCGUCCGACUCCACCUAUGCCCAUGGCAAUGGUUACCAGGAGACCGGCGGCGGUCACCAUAGAGACGGGAUGCUGUACCUGGGCUCCCGAGCCUCGCUGGCGGAUGCUCUACCUCUGCACAUCGCACCCAGGUGGUUCAGCUCGCACAGUGGUUUCAAGUGCCCCAUUUGUUCCAAGUCUGUGGCUUCUGAUGAGAUGGAAAUGCACUUUAUAAUGUGUCUGAGCAAACCUCGCCUCUCCUACAACGAUGAUGUGCUGACGAAAGACGCGGGUGAGUGUGUGAUCUGCCUGGAGGAGCUGCUUCAGGGGGACACGAUAGCCAGGCUGCCCUGCCUGUGCAUUUAUCACAAAAGUUGCAUAGAUUCAUGGUUUGAAGUGAACAGAUCUUGUCCAGAACAUCCCGCGGACUGACCCUGCUGGGCUCGCUUGCUGACUCCUCUCAAAGGGACAGCCAGCCCCCGUUCCUGAGAGGAGGCAUCGGACACGGGCAGAGCUGAGCUGGGGACACCAGUGGGAACAGGGCACCCCUUCUGCACUGACUUCCAGAAAAUGGUUCUCCCUUUCUCCCUGAGGACACCAAACUGGAUGAGAGCGAGUUUGAGAGAAGAAUCAACUGCUAUCUUUCCCCUCAGCCCUCCUCCCAGGAGGGAAAGGGCAUUUUCUUUUACACCUUUGAAAGGCAUUGUGGGUCUGUCUAAAGUGUUUACAAAAAAAAAAAAAAAAAAAAUUAUAAAAAAAAAAAAAGUCUAGUGUCGACUGGUGUUUUCCCUCGUGAUGUUUACAGAUUGCUGUCUGCUGCCCAGCUAGAGCCCACUCAGUGACAGAGACGAACGGGGCCGCGCACACGGUCUCCUCCUGAGCCCAGCACCAUCCCACCUCCACCCCCCACCCUGGCCCUGUCUGUCACCACCACUCUGCCUUGGGUGUUUUGUCUUUCUUUCUUUCUUUCUUUUUUCUUCUUCUUCUUUUUUUUUUUUUUUUUGGUGGGGUUUUUUUUUUUGUAUUUUUUUUCCCCCUCCAUUUUUCUGGCUUGGUUUUGCACAUAUCUCACCUUGGGACCCUGAUAUUUAACUUCAUUGCCAAAAAAAAAAAAAAAAAAAAAAACUAUCAAGGACCUUUUCCUCUCCCUACCCUUUAUCUCUCCCUCCUUCCCUCCUGGUUCUGGUCAGUUCAGAGGAUUUAAUAAUCACAAGUGUCCUGCAAAAAUGCCAGAACAUUUUUCUUAGACCCUUGUGGAUUUUUUGUUUCCAGAAAACUUAAACACACAAAAGACUUACUAAAGGAAUAUGUACAGUUAUCCCUGUUUUCAGGCACUCUGUUUGAGAACAUUUUAGCCAUUGAUGUUCACACGUGGCAUCAGCCCAUGCAAGAUAGGUUUCUGUAUUUAUAUAUUAAAAUACAAAAAAAAACCUUAUAAAAUGUUUAAAAAAAUGUUCAAAGCUUGGGGGAAAAGCUUUCUUCAUUAGUCAAGGUGUUUUGAUAUGGUAUUAAAAUGUCUAAUAAAAGGUGCACUGUGUGACUUUA